AUGUUUGAAAAGAUCAAAGAAUGUGGACCUUCUUUUGAUCAAGGUCACAUUAGAAUCACAGUUUACUUAUACUGUAUUUUUAUUUUAGUGAAGAUUGAUAAGGAUAAACGCCUGGUGGUACUGGAUGAAGAGCUUGAGGGCAUUUCACCGGAUGAACUUAAAGAUGAACUGCCUGAACGACAACCUCGCUUCAUUGUGUAUAGUUAUAAAUACCAACAUGAUGAUGGAAGAGUUUCAUAUCCUCUGUGCUUUAUUUUCUCCAGUCCUGUUGGAUGUAAGCCUGAACAACAGAUGAUGUAUGCUGGGAGUAAGAAUAAGUUAGUCCAAACAGCUGAACUAACCAAGGUAUUUGAAAUAAGAAACACCGAAGACCUAACUGAAGAAUGGUUACGUGAGAAACUUGGAUUUUUCCACUAA